AUGAGAUUGAAAGCGUUAGAGAGGGAUUGUGAAAAUGUUAGGUUCUUUGUUCGGUUCCUCUCUAAGGCUGAUUAUGAUGUUGAUUACUCUUAUUUUUCAUUUCAUGCAAUGAUAAAAGGAAUGCAGCAUCUUCAUUGUCGAGUUCACCUUGUGGAUUCUCACAUUCUUCCCGAUGACUCCUGUAAAGCCUUAGUUUCUAAAGAUUCCGAAUGGCAAUGUCUUGAUGACAUUGUUCGCACAUGGAUUUAUGGCUCUAUUAGUCCAUCUCUCCUUCAAUUUAUAGUUCGUCCCGAUGAUUGUGCCUUUGAUGCUUGGACUCGUCUUGAGAACAAAUUUCAAAAUAAUAAGACAUCUUGUAUUCUUCAUCUUGAGUCUCAAUUUAAUGACAUUUCUCUAUCCACUUUUACAAUGUGA